UAUUGAUGACGAUGCUAUUCAGCAGCUAGUAAAUAAGUUUUUAAAUACUGGAGAAGGUGGUGAAGAAAGUCAAGAAAAAGUGAACAAAAACGCUUUAAGUUUGAUUAACUCAAGCAGCUACUGGAGCAAUGAGGCUGCUGAGAGAUCAAUUAAAGAUCCUGCAGAAGCAAAAAAAUGGUUAGAUGGUUACGCUACAGAAGCUCAAAAAGUGCUUCACGAGGUUGCCAAUUCAGGAUGGAAUUAUUUUACUUCAAUAUCGCCUUUGAAUAAACAAAUGCUUGACGAAGCUGAGGAGAUGUUAUCACAGUUUGUAAAAGCGACAUCUCGACAGGCACGACAGUUUGACCUGUUAACUAUUGAAGAUCCAACAUUACGACGGCAGAUUGAGCUGCUGACCGUUGAAGGAAUAAAUGCUUUGAACAAAACUGAAUAUCAACAAGUUACUAAACUGCAGGCUGCUAUUAACAAAGCUAUUACUGAUGCAUCAAUAUGCGAGGAAGGUAAACCGCCUCCGUGUCUGUUGAAACUUGUUGAUCUUACAUCUGCAAUGAUAUAUGAAAAAAAGCCACAAAAUUUGUUGUACAUUUGGAAAUCCUGGAGAGACGCUGUUCUUAAGGCUGACUUAGCUUCAACGUAUGAACAGCUAAUGGAAUUGACAAACAAGGGUGCAAAAAUAACUGGCUUUAAAGACGCUGGUGCAAUGUGGCGAAGUCCGUUUGAUCUAUCCACUGAAUUGACAAAACCAAAAAUAAAUUUAUUAGAAGAAGUAAACAGAGUUUAUGAACAAAUACAACCAUUUUAUAAACAAGUAAGUUUUCCACUAAUUUCAAAAAUUCCAAACACUUUUAUAGGAAAUUUGAUUGAUUAUAACUGGAUCAGUUAUUAUCACGAAUCUCGACCUUUUAAAACUGAAAACAAAUACAAUCAAAAAAUUCUUGAACGCUUACAAAUGAGCAACUUUACGUCUAAAAAGAUGUUCAUUCAGGCAUAUAGAUUUUUCAAAAGUCUUGAUUUUGAAAAACUUCCAAAGUCAUUUUGGGAAGACUCAGUUUUCACACGGAAAUGGACUCGCGAUAUGCUGUGCGAUCCACCAACUGCAUAUGAUAUGAGGGAUCGAGUAGUUAAAGCGUGCGUACAAGUCGGUGAGGAAGGAUUUAGGAUGGCCCAUAAGCUUAUUGCCCAAGUUUACUAUCAACAUUCGUAUCGACAACAGCCACUGCUGUUCCAAGAAGCUGCAAACCCGAGCAUUCUUUUUGCCAUUACUAAUGCAUUCCACAUUAUCGCAGGAAAUCCUGAUUACUUAGCCAGUUUAGUAACAGACGGAAUCGACGAUCAAGCUCGGCAGAUUAAUGCUUUGUAUUAUGAAGCACUAAACGAAUUUGUCAAGCUACCGUAUGAUAUUGUAGCAGAUAGCUGGCGUUUUGGCAUAUUUGAGGGUGCAACAAAUAGAACUAAUUGGAACGAAGUCUGGUGGAAUGAGCACUAUCAAGGUAUUCAAGCACCACUACAACGAUUGCCAACAGAUUUCGACGCGAUAACUUCAGCUGCAAUAGCAAGAAUUCAUUCUCCGGCAAUAAGACACUUCAUUGGCUAUGUAGUGCAGUUUCAGAUUCUCAAAGCGCUUUGUCCUCAUCAAACCGAACUACAUAAAGGUUGCCAUCUUCAAGCACCGGCUGCCAAAAACCUGAAGAAGGUCAUGUCGCUUGGAUCGUCAAUAACAUGGAUAGAGGCUUUGGAAAUGAUUACAGGUGACGCUAAACUAGAUGCUAAGCCGCUUCUAGAUUACUAUAAUCUUCUCAUUACUUGGCUAGAAAACAUUAACGAGAUCCAUCAAUCAGUAAUUGGCUGGGACGGUCCUGGAGCACCCUUUACUGAUGCUGAACUGCCAUCCGUAGUUAACAACACCGAAUCUGACAGAGUUGUUCUUAGUGCUGACCAAGUCGCUUAUCCAGGUGAAAACUGCACAAACGGUCAGGAGUGUUUGCUAGACUCCACUUGCAAGAAAGGACGUUGUGAAUGUAAUGAGGGGCUUUAUACACUUAAAAUCGGCAAUACACACAGCUGUGUUCCUGAGAACCCAGCCGACGCAGGAUUUGGUGACGGCCAAGGAGGACUUGUAAUCGGAUUAUACCCCAAAGAAAACGUAACCGAAUCGAAUGUCACAAACCCGUCCACUUCUACAGCUAAACCUAAAACGACUUCGCAAUCUACUGGAAAAGCUGCAAGGCGGGCCGGUGUUUGGGAGUCUUUGCUCAUUUUAUUUGGUUUCCAGUUGCUAAGGCAUAUUACAAGAUGA